AUGCUGUCCAUCUUACGGAAAGCCCGCCUAAAGGACAAGGAGAUGCGAAUCCUGAUGCUAGGUCUUGACAAUGCGGGCAAAACAACGAUUGUCAAGAAGAUCAUGGGAGAGGAUGUCAACACGGUGAGCCCAACAUUGGGUUUCAUCAUCAAGACUAUCGACUACGAUGGAUACAAACUGAACAUCUGGGACGUGGGCGGCCAAAAGACGCUGCGAUCAUACUGGCGGAACUAUUUUGAGAAGACAGACGCCUUGAUCUGGGUCGUCGACGCCACAGAUCGGCUGAGAAUCCAGGAUUGCAUGGAGGAACUGCAUGGGCUUUUGCAAGAAGAGCGGCUCUCGGGAGCCAGUCUCCUGGUUUUUGCGAACAAAACGGAUGUGAACGGAUGCAUGGAUGAGCAGGAAAUACUCGAUGGGUUACGACUAGAAGCCAUCAGAACGCAUCGCUGGCACAUCCUGCGAUGUAGCGCCAUGACAGGCACCAACCUCAAGGAGGGCCUGGCAUGGGUUGUGGAAGACGCAAAAAAGAGGCUAUUUCUGUACUAA